GUAAACCAGGGUGGGGUUCCUGUUGGGUUAUUAGUUGGGAUUAAUGCCUCUGUAUUAGCGUGGCUAAUCUUAAUUAGGUUAAUCUCCUUGGUUAUCUUGCUGUAUUUUCGGUGCAUAUCGAGAGCUGAACACCAGAGGCUCCUCGGCGCCUGCCCGUCCCCGGGUGUUCGUCCCGACUCCAGGGUGAAGAACGAAAGAGAAACAAAGGAGCAACUCUCCGCAAAAAUGAGCAAUUACACAGUCACUCUGAACGGACCUGCGCCAUGGGGCUUCAGGCUGCAGGGAGGCAAAGACUUCAACAUGCCCCUCACAAUCUCAAGGAUCACACCCAACAGCAAGGCGUCCACCGGAAACCUGACCCAGGGUGACAUCAUCAUGGCCAUCGAUGGGGUCAGCACUGAGGGCAUGACCCACCUGGAGGCCCAGAACAAGAUCAAAUUAGCAAUCCACAAACUGAGCCUCACCAUGCAGAAGUCGAGACGUCCAGCUCCAGUCCCCACAGCCACGCCAAGAAUGGACUCCCCCAUGCCAGUUAUUCCCCACCAGAAGGAAACUGCAGAAGAAGAGGAUGAUGAAGCUCCGGAGAGAAGGUUUGGCAUUCGAUUGGCCAAAAAACCUUCCAAAAAGUCUCUCCUUCCAAAAACUGAGGAAGAACUUGCUCCACAGGCUAAAGACCAAUCACAGAUUGGCUCACCUGCUAAAACCCCGCCUCCUCCUGCCUGCAUGUCACCUGGGAGUGAGGUAAAAGUCACCCCCGCUCAGAGGUGGCAGUAUAACUCUCCUAUAGGCCUGUACUCUGAGGAGACUGUGCGGGAGAUGGCCAUGCAGCAGGGCGCCUUAGAUGGCAUGACAUUCUUGGGUUCACUCCCCAUUAAAGAUCCUCUGGUGGACAGUGCCUCCCCAGUUUACCAGGCUGUGAUAAAGCCAGAGGAGAGGGAGAACGAGCUUUCUGAAUGGGCUCGCCGUGCAGCCAACCUGCAGUCCAAGUCCUUCCGCAUCCUCGCCCACAUCACAGGGACCGAGUACCUGCAAGACCCAGAUGAGGAGGCUCUGAGGAAAUCAAGGGAGAGGUUUGAAUCAGAAGUUAAAGGCCCGCGAUUCGCCAAAUUGAAGAACUGGCACCACGGCCUGUCUGCACAGAUCCUGAACAUACAGGAGUGAGGGCUUCCGAAGGAUGAUGGACAGAAUGAUGGGUUAGUGAGGCAGCAGGUCAGGUGAAGGAGAAGAAAGGCUACAGUGAUGAGGAACGGUUGUAAAGGAAGGAGGAGUAUUGUAGUGACCGCUUUAUGAGUUAAAGCAUUAGAGUAGUGCAUAAGCGAAUAUGAAAAGCUCUCAUUAGUGUUUCACAUUAAUGUGUCAGUAUGUCUAAUGUAGCUUCCUGCCAUUAAGAAGAGGCAGUGCUCUUUUUCUUUUUCUUUUUCUUUUUCUUCAUAUUCUUUUCUUUUUCUUUCCUUUUCUUUUGGCUGUUUAUCCUAAAUUAAAAUGAAUCGUUGAUGUACAAAGACUAAAGAAUAGAGAAGCAUAAGUAGUAAUAGAAAAAAAUACUGUAUACUAUGCAAUGCACUGCCAUAUCUCAUGCAAACAUAUAUUAAUCUAAUGUACUGUUCUUCAUGUGAAUAAAACAUUAUUUCUUUUAUCCAAAUCAACAAGAUAUGUGUUGUCAGUACCAAGUUUCGUCGUGUGAUUUUUUUUUUUUUUUUGUGAGUUUUAGUUUGUCUUUAUCAGCUGUACAUGCACACAUACAUACAUAUAUAUAUACAUAUUGCCACGGUUAUGCAAAAAAUACAAAUUCUGUAUCAAAACUUCACUGGAAAUCUUCCAAUAAAAAUAUAUUUAAAAAUA